GUACACCAGGGGUUGGAAAAACCACACUCGGCAAAGAACUUGCAUCAAGAUCAGGAUUGAAAUACAUUAAUGUGGGUGAUUUAGCUCGAGAAGUCUGAUCACCGGAUAUCAUGGAGUCUGGCAAGAUGGCUUCUCCCAAGAGCAUGCCGAAAGAUGCACAGAUGAUGGCACAAAUCCUGAAGGAUAUGGGGAUUACGGAAUAUGAGCCAAGAGUUAUAAAUCAGAUGCUGGAGUUUGCCUUCCGAUAUGUGACCACAAUUCUAGAUGAUGCAAAAAUUUAUUCAAGUCAUGCUAAGAAAGCGACUGUUGAUGCAGAUGAUGUGCGAUUGGCAAUCCAGUGUCGUGCUGACCAGUCAUUUACCUCUCCUCCCCCAAGAGAUUUUUUAUUAGAUAUUGCAAGGCAAAGAAAUCAAACCCCUUUGCCAUUGAUCAAGCCGUAUUCAGGCCCUCGAUUGCCACCCGAUAGAUACUGUUUGACUGCUCCAAAUUACAGACUUAAGUCUUUACAAAAAAAGGCAUCUACUUCUGCGGGAAGAAUAACAGUUCCGCGGUUAAGUGUGGGUUCAGUUACUAGCAGACCAAGUACUCCCACACUUGGCACACCAACCCAACAAACCAUGUCUGUUCCAGCUAAAGUAGGGACACCAGUGUCCCUCACAGGGCAAAGGUUCACAGUACAGAUGCCCACUUCACAGUCCCCAGCUGUAAAAGCAUCAAUUCCUGCAACAUCAGCAGUUCAGAAUGUUCUAAUUAAUCCAUCAUUAAUUGGGUCCAAAAACAUUCUUAUUACCACUAACAUGGUGUCAUCACAAAAUACUGCCAGUGAAUCAUCAAACGCAUUGAAAAGAAAACGUGAAGAUGAUGACGAUGACGAUGAUGAUGAUGACGACGACUAUGAUAAUUUGUAAUCUAGCCUCGAUGCAUGUAGCAUGUAUACUUGGUUUUGAAUCCAUUGUACUGGGAUUAAACAUGCAUGCUGGAUGUUUCUAAGUUAUGUUGUAGAAAAAUAGUAUUUAAUGAGUAAAGGUGGUUACCAUAUUUUUUAAUUGCUAUAUGUUGGACGUUAAUAGGAUUAGUAAUGGUUUUUAUCAGCCUUUAAGUGUGAAAAAUAAAGUUGUAAUUCAUCA